ACAAGGUAUGCAGGAGAUAUGCAUACUGGCUAUUAGUGUAGACAAUAUUACACAAAUUUGUAAUGUGAAAGGUCAUAUCGUGUAUACUUUCUACUAUUAUCAUUUAUUACUACAUUUUAUUUAUUAUUCAAUUUUAUUUUAUUUAUUAUUACUAUAUUUUAUUAUUCAAUUUUAUUUUAUUUGUUAUUACUAUAUUUUAUUCAUUAUUGAUUUUUGUUUUAUUUAUCAUUAAGUAUUUGUUUAUUAUCACUUUUUAUUUUACUUAUUACUAUGUUUAUUAUUAUUACUCUUACUUGAUUAUGACUUACUUAUCCUUUACCAAUUAUUUCAUUUGCUAUUUGUAUCUAUUUGUUGUAAUUGUAAAACCCUCGGAUGCCCCGACCAUCGCGUAGAGAUGCAAUCUAUCCGGUUUCUGUACACCCGCAAUCAGGUUUUCGUGCUCCUAGGCGUUUCAUCUGCUCUUCCUUUCUUUCAACGAUGGUUGAUAGCAUCUACCGUACUAGAUCUCUCGGGGUCGCUGCUGAAGGUUUGCCUGAUCAGUACGCAGAUGGCAAAGCCGCUAGAGUGUGGCAUAGAUACAUUGGCUCUGUAUCUGACCGAACGUCUGUCUAUCGCAUGUGGUUGUCUGAUUUUCUCCGUUCUAAGGGAGUGAAACAUGUUUUGGACGUAGCUUGCGGAACAGGAGUAGACUCGAUCAUGCUGUUGGAGGAAGGUUUCCGCGUAACUAGCGUAGACGCUAGUGACAAGAUGCUCAAAUUUGCUCUCAGGACGCGAUGGGGGAGAAGGAGAGAACCUGCGUUUGACAACUGGGUGGUAGAAGAGGCCAACUGGCUGUCUCUCAGUAAGGCAGACCUUAACAGUCCAACUGAAGGAUUUGACGCUGUCAUCUGCCUGGGAAAUUCAUUUGCCCAUCUGCAGGACUUUGAUGGAAAACAGAACAAUCAACGGGUUGCUAUUGCCAACUUUCAUGAUGUCCUCAAACCCGGUGGAUUGCUCAUUAUUGAUCAUCGAAAUUACGAUGCUAUUCUUGAUACCGGGAAAGCACCAGCCAGGAAUAUCUACUACCAGGGAGAUGUCAUCACGUCAAUACAAACUUCGUGUUUGUAUGUCGAAGGAAAGGCAACAAUGGUUACAUUGGAUUAUUUUCUCAUCCCAGAGGAAGAGGAUACAUUAGAGAUGAAGCAACCAAAUUCAGAAACGGAAGCUAAACCAGACAAAUUUCGUCUGUCCUACUACCCACAUCGUGUCAAAGACUUCACCAACCUUCUCAAAACCUCAUUUGGUGAAGACACAUCCUACACAAUACUGGGUGACUUCAAGCCACUAGAAGAAAUCGAGACACCUGCCUACUUCAUCCACAUCAUCGAGAAAAGCACUUAACAUUCAUAGAAACGUCACACAGCUAACAUAAGUGAUUUUACUGUUAGAAAUUAUGCAAACUCUUACAAAAAAACGGUAGCCAAUCAGUACAGGAGUAAAUCUAUAUAACAAAACAUCUCGUUUCAUUUUCGGUUUCCCACAUCACUUUCUAUACUGAAACCAUUAUUGGCCACUUCAAACAUCAACCUUGUUCAU